AUGGCUGAAAAUCCAGCCAAUUUAACUAUUCCGAUUCAGCCAGAAUCAUCCACUCUGCAACUACCUCAUAGGCAGCCUACUUUGCAACUUACUCGCAUGUCGCAUUUUUGUAAAACUUUUUUAUAUAAAGAAUUGGAGCGGUCUUUGGAUUUAGGGUUUGCUGCUGUAUGGGCUCGACAGGAUCUGAGUAGAAUAUCACUCCAAGAGUUUCUGGAUGAUGUAAUUGUAGAUCUAAGUGAUUGUAAACUGUGGGUGUUUUCAUGGAACAUACAAAACCCUGUUUCUUCAUAUAUACCUGUUUCCACAUUAAUUCGGGAAUCAAGCCGUGGAGGGUUUGAUGCGAGUCAAAUCUAUGAUACAGCUGGAUCGACAGAGAAUAAAUCUACUCGGGAAUAUACACUUUACCUGGAAGCAAUGCAUAAUUUAUUUGAACGGUUUGUGUUGCAAUGA